AUGGCAUCGCAGGGUUUCUGGCUCUCAAGAGAAGGCUUCACAGCCGACGUCGUGGGCAAGCUCCUCCAACGCACCGUCCUCAGCCCCUGGAAGACUCUCCCCCUCCUCCUCCUCGCACACUACACAGCCAAAGGCCAAGAGACCGCGCUCGCGCACCCAAAAGCCUUCCAGGCCCUGAAAAUCCUCGCCUCCCUCGCCGUCCUCCGCCGCGUAAACGCCUACCUCAACCAGCGCGCGCUCAACAACGGCGUCGCAGACCGCUACGACUGGAACCGCGAAGUCGUCGUGCUUACGGGCGGGUCGAAUGGGAUAGGCCGACAGGUUGCGAAUCUCCUGGGCGCCAAGGGGGUCAAGGUUGCGAUUCUGGAUAUCGCGCCGCCAAAGGAGCCCCUGCCUUCGACGGUGCGGUUCCACAAAUGCGACAUCACCUCGCCGAGCGCGAUUGCGGAUGUUGCGGCUGCGAUACGGAGCACCAUGGGCGAGCCGACAAUCCUCAUCAACAACGCGGGGAUCUGCUCCUCGCGGACGAUCCUCGGCUCAACCGAGGCGCAGACCCGCCUGCAGUUCGAAGUAAACACCUUUGCGCACUACUGGCUCGCCAAAGAAUUCCUCCCCGCCAUGCUCAAGCGAAACCACGGGAUGGUCGUCACCGUCGCCUCGCAAGCCGGCUAUACCGUCACCCCGAACAUGGUCGACUACAGCGCGACCAAAGCCGCCGCAAUCGCCUUCCACGAGGGCCUCGGCGCCGAACUCGUCACGCGGUACAACGCGCCGCGCGUGCGCACUGUCCUCAUCACACAGGGGUUUGCGCGGACAGCCCUGAUUGAUAAACUCACCCCGGAGGAUACGUGGUUGAAUCCGCUGCUGCAUCCGGAGACGGUCGCCGAGGGGAUUGUGAAUCAGGUUCUUACGGGGAAUUCGGGCCAUGUGAUUUUGCCUGGAGCGACGGGGUGGAUUGCGAAGUGUAUGCGCGGGUUCCCGGCUUGGUUUUCGCACGCGACGAGGAUACGGUUGGAGAAGUUGAUGAGGGCUGAUUAG